CGCGGCCGUUAAACGGUUUGUAACCGCUAGGUGGCCAUUCCGCGGAGCCCGAUAGCGUUUAAAGCUGCGAGGGUUCGUGUGUUUGGUUAUUAUUUACUAAACUUCAACCAUGCCGCGAGUGUACAUCGGCAGGCUGAGCCAUCAUGUGCGAGAGAAGGACAUACAGCGGUUUUUCGGCGGCUACGGGAAGCUUUUAGAGAUCGAUCUGAAGAACGGGUAUGGGUUCGUGGAGUUUGAGGACACCCGUGACGCAGACGAUGCCGUGUACGAGCUGAAUGGUAAAGAUCUGUGCGGGGAGCGUGUGAUCGUGGAGCACGCGAGAGGACCGCGGCGGGACCGAGAUGGAUAUGGUGGGGGUUAUGGGGGCGGCGACGGGCGCAGCAGUAGUGGUUAUAGCAGCAGGAGCCGAAGCGGAAAAGAGAAAUAUGGACCUCCGGUUCGGACGGAGUACCGACUGAUAGUGGAGAACCUGUCCAGUCGCUGCAGCUGGCAGGAUCUUAAGGACUUCAUGCGUCAAGCUGGAGAGGUGACCUAUGCUGAUGCCCACAAAGAAAGGACCAAUGAGGGUGUCAUUGAGUUUCGCUCUUACUCCGAUAUGAAGAGAGCUUUGGACAAGUUGGAUGGCACUGAUAUCAACGGAAGAAAAAUCCAUCUUGUGGAAGACAAGCCUAGACGAUGUCGCUCCUACUCUGGGAGCAGGUCAAGGUCUCGCAGCCGACGCCGUUCUCGCAGCAGGAGCCGCAGGAGUUCACGAAGCCGUUCCAGGUCCAGAUCUCGCUCAAGGUCCCGCAGCAAGCACCGCUCUCGUUCCAGGUCUGGUCGCAAGUCCCGGUCCAGGUCUAGGAGAAAGUCUCACUCCAAGUCCCCAACAAAGUCCCGCUCCAGGAAGUCAAAGUCUCGUUCCCGCUCGCGUACGCAGAAGUCACGCAGUCGCUCCGCCAGCCACAAGUCCCGCUCUUGCUCCGAUGCCCGCAAAUCUCGCUCCAAGAGCCGCUCCAAAGUGAAGUCAGAGAGGGAUUCCAGGAGCCGCUCCAAGGAGAAGUCGGUCAGUAAGAAGUCCCGAAGCCGCUCUGCUUCUCCGAGGGAGAAUGGAAAUGGAGACCGGGCCAAGUCCACUUCUCGUUCGCCGUCUCCUGAAGAGAACCGCUGUCAGUCGGAGUCGCCCGGCAAGCGCUCUGCUUCUCGCUCUCCUUCACGUUCGAAGUCUCGUUCCCGCUCUCGGUCUGCCUCUCAAGACUAGUGUCUCGCCGACUGGUUUACACAGCAGGAAUACGUCAUGCACAGUUCAGUGUUAAUCGAUCAUUCACAGCCUAUGAACAUUCACCAAAUGAUUAAAGAGGCUGCAGCCCUGUGUAGUGUUUGAUUACGGUGCUGUUUUCAACAUUGCAUUAAAACAGUUGCAUACCAGAGCCCCCUUGAAUUUGGAAUUUGUUUUCCUUUUUAUUAUUAGUUUAUAACGUUUUGUGCUUAUAAGUAUUGCUCAGGCUGUUGUUUGUAUUCGACUCUUUGCUAUGGGGCGUCUUUAAAAGGCUCUUCGUGUUUUUGCUUUGGUGUGAGGUUCAAGGAGGCUGUAACAAUGUUAUAGCCUAAAUUUGAUAGAAUGCAUAAUUACUUUUGCAGCUGUCCUUUUGUGUAGUUAACAAGAUGUGAUAGUUGAGUGGCUGGCUUUGGAAAUGCUUCGUCACUGUGUAGUCAUUCAUAUCUUUUGCCGAUAAUUUUCCUGGAAGCUUUUUGUUUCUCUUAGUGCUUUGGAUCAUCUUGAACUGUCAUUGUGAAUUUUUUUUUUGUUUUGUUUUUACAAAAAGUUUAUUACAUGACUUUCAGUGUGUUCUCCUGUGAUAGAUCUCAUUUUUAAAUGGGUUUUUGAAUAUUUUCCAGUGUUUUAGUUAAAUAAACAUU